AUGGCACGCUUUCCAGAGGAAGUGAGCUUUCGCUUGCGGAAGAUAUGUUCAAUACCUACCGCACCGGAAAACAUAACUGUCACCUUCCUAACGCCCACAUCGGUACGAGUCUCAUGGCAAACCUCGAUGGAUCCAAACACGAUGCCGGUGGACAAAUACGAUGUCACGUACAAGCCGACCGACGCCAGUUACAGGGUUGUCGUAGUGGUGGCCGGUAACCGGGACGCGGUGACGCUCGGAGGACUGACACCGGACACGCAGUACCAGCUGACGGUGGCCGCCGUCUGGAACGGGAAGAAAUAUCGCAGCCGGCCGAUCGUAUUCAGAACGCUGGAGCCGCCAAGGACUUCGUACCAGCAGGACUCCGGUUCGCUGGUAGGUAGCAGUGGUCCACCGAACUCACCGCAUGCCGAUACAGCGCCCUCGCUAAGCGGCAUCGGGAUCUUCAACGACGAGUUCGGCAAUAUAUCAGUAAACUCCACGUCCCGCGAACUUCCAACGAUCCGUGGUGUAGAAAUCGGUAUUGUAGUGUUAGUGUUAAUAGUCUGGGCUGGUGCUAUAGCUUUAUUUUUUAAUCGAUGGGGUAAGAUACGAAUGUUGCUUCCAUAUCAACCGGACUACAAGCAGGAACAGCUGAAAGUUCCUGGUACUGGUGUCUGUGCCAAUGGUACCUGCAACGGACAACAUUCCCAUCAGCCUUACCAUCCGUGGCCGGAGGAGCCUUCCUCGGUGAUCUCGGAACGUUGCACACGGGCCCGUAUCAACUCGGCCAUCUUCGUGUCGUCCGAGGGCAAAGGGUUCGAUUCGAUCGAGUUCAUCCGACGGUACGGCUCCCAGAGUGUCCUCUGUCGAAAGGCCAAGAGUGCCGAGAACGUGUCGGCCUCCGAGCGACAGCGGCGCUUCUCCGAGUAUCCGGAGUGGGAGACGGAGGACAGUACGACGGGCAACGGUACGUCCGCACACUCAGCCAGUAAUACGAGGCGGAAAAAAUCGCUUCGCCAGGACUCGAUCGAGCUGGUCGAAUGCCACAAGGAACCGGUGGCGGUGACGGUUCCAGUCCCAGUACCGGUACCGACCGUUACGCCCGGUGCCGUACCCGUGGUAGCUGGUACAACGGCAACCCUCGUCACGGUUGGUGUACCGAUUGCCAUCGGCAGCAAACCGGUAGCGUCCGCUGCCGCAGUCGCCGCCGCCAGUGUCGCCUCAGCAGGGAUCGUGAAGCCGACACCGAAGCUGUCCAACCUGCCGACACUCUCGGUGUCCGGACCGUCACCACCGCACGAGGAAGAAUUCCUUAGACAACCCGAAAAGGACUCGGCAGUCACAGAUGUCGCUAGCACAAGUUCCGGCGGUGAACAGGUGGAAAAGGAGCGCUAUUAA